CCACAGUGCUUGCUGGUGGCGCCGACGCAUGUAGAGGCACCGAGUCGGCAGCCUCCGCCUUGCGAGGCAGGGGGUGGGGUGGGGGACACACUGAAGAAUGGAUGCCCGAGAAAGAACCGUCCUCGACAUUUCCACCAGAAACCCUCAGGAAGACUUUGAACUUUUGCAGAGAGUUGGUGGAGGCACCUAUGGGGAGGUCUAUAAGGCAAGAAACAAGGAGACGGGGAAGCUGGCAGCUAUCAAAAUUGUAAAAAUGGAAGCAGACGAUGACUGCGCCAUCAUUCAGCAAGAGAUCCUGAUGGUGAAGACCUGCAAACAUCACAACAUCAUCGCCUAUUACAGCAGCUACAUACGGUUCAACAAGCUGUGGAUCUGCAUGGAGUACUGCGCCGGGGGCUCUCUUCAAGAUAUUUACCAAGCCACUGGGCCCUUAUCAGAGCUACAGAUUGCUUUCAUAUGUCGAGAAACGUUACAAGGUCUUUCUUAUCUUCAUCGCCAAGGGAAGAUCCACAGAGAUAUUAAGGGAGCCAACAUUCUUCUCAAUGACCACGGGGAAGUCAAGCUAGCGGAUUUUGGGAUCUCUGCACAGCUCAGCGCUACGUUUGCCCGGAGAAUGUCUUUCAUCGGCACCCCUUAUUGGAUGGCCCCCGAGGUCGCGGCGGUGGAGGUCAAGGGGGGAUACAAUGAACUUUGCGACGUGUGGUCCGUGGGGAUCACGGCGAUUGAGCUGGCCGAGCUUCAGCCCCCCAUGUUCGAUGUGCACCCUUUGCGGGUCUUGGUUCUAAUGAGCAAGAGCGGUUACCAGCCCCCGAAGCUGAAGGAGAAAACCCAGUGGACGCCAGCCUUUCACAAUUUUGUCAAGGUGACGCUAACGAAAAACCCCAAGAAGCGACCCAGUGCCUCUAAAAUGCUGACUCAUCAGCUAGUGGCUCAACCAGGGCUCAGCCCCAGCUUGACCCUCGACCUCUUAGAGAAAGUGCGGGAUCCCGACAAACUCACCAGCUGCAGAGAUGAGGCCGACGAAGAGGAGCAAGAGCUGCCUCCUCCUCCAGUGCCCCGAAGAAUCUGCUCCAGCCGACGCCAAGGAGUCACCUCACCCGGAUGCACCGAACACCAAACCCAUAAUUUUGGUCUCGGUCUCAGAAACAGGAGGAGCCUGGAUUCCCCGGACUUCACGGAACUAAACACAGACCCCCGUUAUGGUACAGGUGGCAAUCUCUACAGCUCUGCCUUCAGCGGCAGGGGAAAUGAAACAGAUUCGGACGACGAUUAUGACGAUGUGGACAUCCCCAGCCGAAAUGAUGCAAGCAGUCACGCCUCUCCUGCUGAUCUCCCGCCUCCAUUGCCCCCCAAGCCAAAACAAAGGGUCUCGCCAGAGGAGAUCCUGGCGGCAAACAGACCCGCUGUAGGAUGUCCUUCCAAGCCCAUAUCCUGGGGACGAUGCUCCAGCGGUCCGAUGGCGGGCCAGCUCCCUCAUCUGAUGGUGUCAACGGUGGCCCAAGCUUCUGUCCUCACAGCCAAAUCAGCCCCAGACUUGAGUUCGGUCCUUCCGACGGAUGAGCCGCCCGUCCUUCCGCCCAAGCCGGAGAAGAAACCAAAACCGGAAAAGUCGUUCUUCAAGAAGGUUUUCAACGAGUGCCCCUUGCACAUCACCUCGGCGACUGCUUGGACUCAUCCAAAUACCAGCGACCUGCACUUAAUCCUGGGGGCCGAAGAAGGAAUUUUUGCCUUGAACCGGAACGAGGCCGACCCAACCCUGGAGCUGCUCUACCACAGCCGCACAACCUGGGUGUACUGCAUCGAGAAUGUCCUCAUGUCGCUUUCUGGCAAAUCCUCUCAGCUCUUCUCCCACAACUUGCUGGGCCUCUAUGAGCAAAGCAGACGAGACCAGCGCUCUGGGGUGUACAUUUCCCCCCACAGACUAUUACCCAGGAAAAACGUGGUCACCACCAAGAUCCCAGACACAAAGGGGUGCCAAAGGUGUUGUACAGCCCGGGAUGCGCCAAGCUGCCGCCAUUACCUCUGUGGGGCGUUGGAGGCAGGGGUGGUGUUGCUGCAGUGGUACGAACCCAUGCAGAAAUUCAUGCUUGUCAAGUAUUUUGAUUUCCCACUACCCUCGCCGCUGCCCAUCUUUGAGAUGUUGAUGGCCCCCGAUGAGGAGUAUCCACUGGUCUGCAUCGGAGUGAGCAGGGGUCCCCCGGGGCAGGCCGUGCAGUUCCAGGUCAUCAACCUCAAUUCGCUUACCUCUUGGUUUGUCAGCGAGGACAGCGAACCAGUCUGUUCCGGCCCACUUCAGGUCACCCAGCUGGACAGCAAAACUGUGCUGGUUCUGAUGGACAGGAGUCUCCAGUUUGUCAGCCUCCAAGGCUCCCCGCUCGAGGGCCACCCGGAACUCACCUUUGACGCGGCGAUGGAGUCGGUCGCGGUGGUCAACAAGUGGAUGCAUACUUGCUGGCGUCACGGUGUGCAGACAUGGCUCCUCGCAUCAGGAAAGCUAGCACAGGAUGUGUGGGACCGGCGAUGGACCUUCCAUUUAUUGGGAGCCUCCAGCACGGUCGUGUUAGAGACCCGGCCCGUGGAUGAGCCAAAUGCCACGAGCAACCUCUACGUGUCAGAAUGACCUUCGACGGCGCUUGACCAGGUGCCGGCCUUCGACCGCACCCGCAAGGCCUCCCCUUCACCCUGCAAUUCUCAGGAUGGGCUCCGAAUUCCAGACGAGGCCUCUCCGUUUCUGACGAUAGCCUUGCGAGAAGAAAUGCAGCGAGGACGGGGAGCCCGCAGGCCACUUGCCUCUGGGCGGCCCCUCAAACCGGUAAAGGAGAGCACUGGAAACAACCUGCAUUUCAUGGGUUUUUUGGGGCUGCCUCAGGCAGCGGUUUGUGUGCGAUCUCUCUUUCCUGGUUUUGUGUCUUCCUCUCAAGUAAAGGGGAGGGGUCACCUCAAUAAAGAAU